AUGCGAUUUGAACAGGGUGAGCGCAUACCGAAGCGUGACACUGCCGCAGUGUUACACGAACGGUAUGGUGAUUUCCGGGAGAAUUGUUUCCCACAGCCAAGCGGCGGAUGUAAGUGUAAUAUUAUGGGACCAGGUGGCGUGCCAGCAGUCAAAACCUAUGAUUCGGAUGUGCAGUGCAAGUUACCCAUUGAAGGUACCCGCAGUCAAUAA